GUUCCUUUCUUGUGUAGCGAUAGUUUUAUCCUGCUGCGCCGGGUCGCUAUGAUAACUUUUUGUUGUUAAACGCGUCCGUUCUCUCUUUUUUUAACUUAUCAUUUCCCGCUCGGGACGAGAUUUUAUGGUUGUUUCGGUUAAGGAUCAGUCAAGAAUCCUUAAACGUAUCCGUGCCUUGCGCUGCAAAUGCAGAGGCUCCGUUUUAAUUCUACAUAUGAUAGGAAAGUGUACGCGCGUGCAAGGAUACACGCUGAAGUUUAGGAGUUGCCGCUGGGAACAAUGCUUUUGCGGCGGGGCGAACCUUUUGCACUACAAGCUAGCUUUAUAUGUGUACGAGUACUUGCUGCAUGUCGGGGCCCAGAAAUCAGCACAGACCUUCCUGUCGGAGAUCCGAUGGGAGAAGAACAUCACACUGGGGGAGCCCCCGGGAUUCCUGCACUCCUGGUGGUGUGUAUUCUGGGAUCUGUACUGCGCCGCUCCAGACAGGCGGGAGACCUGCGAACAUUCCAGCGAGGCCAAGGCUUUCCACGACUAUAGCGCAGCGGCAGCCCCCAGUCCGGUCAUGGGGAACAUGCCCCCGAACGACGGGAUGCCUGGCGGACCCAUGCCCCCCGGCUUCUUUCAGGGACCCCCCGGCUCCCAGCAGUCUCCCCACGCACAGCCGCCCCCACACAACCCCAGCAACCCCAUGAUGGGACCUCACGGCCAGCCGUUCAUGUCUCCACGGUACCCAGGCGGACCCCGCCCCUCGCUGCGCAUGCCAAAUCAGCCCCCUGUGGGAGUUCCAGGUUCACAGCCACUCCUGCCAAACAGCCUGGACCCCACCAGACCGCAAGGACACCCAAAUAUGGGCGGACCGAUGCGAAUGAACCCUCCCAGAGGCAUGGGGGGGAUGGGCCCACAGAACUAUGGCGGCGGUAUGAGGCCUCCCCCGAACUCUCUGGGUGGUCCGGGCAUGCCAGGGAUGAACAUGGGUCCUGGUGGUCGAGGUCCCUGGCCCAACCCUAACGCUAACUCAAUAGCGUACUCCUCCUCAUCUCCCGGCAACUACGUGGGUCCUCCAGGUGGGGGCGGUCCUCCAGGAACUCCCAUCAUGCCUAGCCCAGGAGACUCCACAAACUCCAGCGAGAACAUCUACACAAUGAUGAACCCCAUCGGCCCGGGAGGCAACAGACCCAACUUCCCGAUGGGUCCGGGUCCCGACGGGCCAAUGGGAGGGAUGGGCGCCAUGGAGCCUCAUCAUAUGAACGGAUCGCUAGGUUCUGGCGACAUGGACGGGUUGCCAAAGAACUCUCCUAACAACAUGGCGGGCAUGAACAACCCGCCGGGGACUCCGCGGGACGACGGGGAGAUGGCGGGAAACUUCCUAAACCCAUUCCAAAACGAAAGUCCCCCUGGGAUGCCCCUGGAGCGCAGGACUCACGGCAAGGCCGCCGCCCACCCCAGGGUGUGCAAAGUGGGCGGAAACAGGAAGCAGUCACAGAGCCACAGGAAGAGCCUCCUUACCGAGUCUCCCUGCCUCCCUGGCUUCCUGACGGGCCCCGGACAGUGAGGGGGCGGCGGGGCCACAGGACCCCCCAGAGCAAGGCCCCGCCAAUCAGCAGCAGGCUGGUGGCCUCGUUUUCCAUCAUUCUGUAACGGUUUUUUAUUUUUAAAAACGGCUCAUGGCGCAGUAGUUGUAUGAGGUCCGUAUCUAACCUCUCUCAGAUGCUGUGCGCCUCUCUGUUUGUUUAAGUGACACAACAGUACUCUUGUGUUGGGCAAGGACGGUUUUCAUUAUUCUGUGUAUUAUUUUAUUGUUAUUAAUAUUAUUGUUAUUAUUGUUAUGAUUUUUUUUUUAUCAGUGAUAUUGUUCCGAUGAUUUAGUUUUAAAUUUCUUGGGUUUUCCUGUAAAGGGCACAUUGGAUCCGAUCAACAUGGACAACAGAAUAAGCACACCCUCAGAAUGCACAGUGACACUUCAGUUUACAUAUUUUUAGGUAUUGUUGUUUUUUUUGGUAUUAAAGUCUUGUCAAAUGUCUCCACUUCCCCGCUUCUCGCACGUCACAGCGAUUGCGUAAGCUAGGUCCUCCAUGUCAUGUGACCACAGACGGCGGUAACGGCGGUAACGGCUCCAACACGUGCGGCGUACGCCCAGUCGCAUUUUAUUUUUAUUCUCCUCCAACGUACAGAAGGGCCCCUGAGUGCACGCGAGUGUCAGGAACUGGAGUCGGCCAUCUGGCACGCGAACCCGUCUGAAGUACGAACGUCCUUUAGAUUCCAGCCCUUCUGAAAGCCAAUUAAAGAUGAACGGCGAGCCUUGGCGCGACGAGGCAGAUUGGCCCUGUUCUUCACACGACUCCGCACCUCCCCCAGGAACCUUCUGGCAAUGCUGAAUUUCUGCCCCCCCCCCCUUCCCGCCCCCUCCCUUCAGCUUAUAGUGAAGUAGUCCUCCUUAUGGAAUCUCUCGCAAGCAUUCAGGAGUGUGGUCAUGUGUUGUUUUGACUGAGACAUUGUGGAGAUGCUUAUUGGAGGGCUCAAUGGAUGCCAUUAUUCCAACAAAACAAAUAAAUGAAAGAAGAGAAAAAAAGUCCAGCCAAUACCUUAAGCCUAGAACCACCCACACCCACCCAAGCCCCUCCCUCUGCCCCCCCCUCCCCCAGGCUAAUGUAAAUAUAUAUCAUUUUGGUUGUUGCCAUAUCUUGCAGCAAUGGACUGACUGAAUGUACAUUUUUUUUCAACUGCUACAUGGAUUCUGCUUCUUUACACACAGCUUGUACACGUUUAAUUUAUGUCCUGAUUCAGCCUUGUGCAUACACCUUGGAGCCUGUAAAUCUGUAGGGCAUAGAAUUUGUAAAUAUUAUACAUAUAUACCUCCGGAACAACCCCAAAUCUGACUGCAGUGUUUUCAAGGGGGGAGGGGGGGGGCAGGGGGGUGGAGUGGUUGGGGUGAUGUCUCCUGUUUUAUUCAUGUCUCAGUUGUCCAGUUCCCAGCCCUGCUGCAUAGGAGGAGUUCUUUUUUUCUGCACAUGCUCAGUUCGAGGGAAGGGGCCGUCUUUCUGGCAAGCUGACCAGAUUAAUGUUCAUUAGCACAGGUUCACUAACAUGCGGAGGGCGGCAAGGGUCCUGUUUGGCAAAGACAGUGGAGACAGUGGAGACAGUGUGUACACUCCCACCCACAAAUACAUAUUGACCGUGUUUUUGUAAUGUAGUUACAGUAGUUACACACCGGCCACUGGCAUCUCCACACAUUUAACGGUACUGCUCUGAGUGUCUGAACUAGGCAACGAUGCUCAGUUUCAUCUUGAUUGGACUUCCGCUGCCAACCCUGCAUGUCUUUCAUUUUUUCAUUUCCCAAAAAAAAAAGAGACAAGGCUCUUCACCCUGUUGUGUACUAUCGGAUUUUCAUACCUUUUAAUUUAAUUUUUUUUCUUCAAUGUAUUUUAAUUUUUUUUUUUUUUUGGGGGGGUGGGGUACAGUGUGGGGGGGGAGGGGUAAGGCCCGUUGGACCUGCACACUAAUGGAAUGACUUGACCUCACGCUGCCCCUCGAAAAAACUCCCGUGGAGCGCUGGGUUCACCCCGGGGGUCCCGAACCCUGUGUGUUGCUCCGGACAGCUACGCAACGGACGUGUGCAAAACCCAGCUCUUUGACUCUGGUGCUCACUCUCAUACACCUCAUAGCUACUGAUUUAUAUAUAUACACACACACACACACACACACACACACACGUGUUUCAGUCUGUCUCCCUGCUAAGCAAGGCCAAGGAGAACCCUGAGAGACCGUGCAGCCGUGCCCUGUGCUGUCCUAUUACCUCUUCCGAACUUGUCUGGUCUCAGAGCCAGCGCCCUCAUCCCACCGUAAUGGGAAACAUACUGUCCGCACGUUGUUCGUUUCAUUGGGUGCCCUGAUGCAAAAAAAAAAAAAAAAAAAAAGAAAUGUGGUGAAAAAAAAACAGGGUGGCUAAAAGUGUGAUUGACAGCUAACUUUUUUUUUUUUUUUGUCUGUUUUUUUUUGGUCUUAUUAUCUGGAAGGAACUCAGAUGACGUUUCUGGGUCAGAUGGUAAUGAUGUCAAACUCACUCCCCUGUCCCUUUGCCCGGCCCGGGGGGGGGGGGGCACACACCUCUCUGUCCCCGCCCAUCUCUCCGCCCCGUCCCUGCUCCCUCUUUAUUUCUCCUCGAUUUUAUUUUUUGUAAAUACUGUAUAAUGCAUUUUGAUAUCAUUGACAUGUUUUGAUAUGUCAGUCACUACCAAUGAAUACAACUUAAAGAAAAAAAAACAAACAAAAAAAAACAAAUAAUGGAAAAAAAAAAUCUUGACCGCGUUUUCAUUUAAAGAGACGGUGUGCUUUGACACGUGACUUCAGAAUUAUAAACGUGAUAAUAGGAAUUAAAAGGAAAAGAGACAUUUACAGUAAUUAUAAUGAAUUCAAAUGAUGAAUAAUGAAUUUAAAUUUGAAUUGAUGUUAAAUACGUUUUGGAUCAUAUGGUAUUGUCCUAAAUAGAAAUGAAAUGGGUACUGCAAACACACAGUGCAAGGGCUGGUAUUAGAUUUUAGUGAGGGCGGAAAGUGUAAUGUGGGGUCGAAUGUAAAUUUGGAGAUGACUGUGAGCCAGCAGGAGACCUGGAUUUCUCACCUUGGUUACGGUCCCGGCGCGUAAGAGCUCUUCAGAAGAGAGGGUCACUGAGCUCGAUCCCCCUACUGCAGUGGUGCCAAAUCGUGUGCCAGGGAAAGCCCAGUGUGUGCAGCUUUUCAUUCCAACCAAUCACCGCGCCUGUGGGUUUCGCAAAUGAGUUCCCUCCUCUCUGGUUGAAGGUUGUGUUAAUUAGUGAAACCAGCGGGUGCAGUGAUUGGUUGGAAACCUGCAUACUCUCGGCCCUCCGUGGCACCUGAUUGGGCGCCUCUGUUCUACAGCAUCGUCCUCACGUUGCACUUUUUUUUUAAUGUACCCUGACGAUUAUAAUUCUAAUCUUUUUUUUUUUUUUUUUUAAAUUAGCAGAAACAAUACUUCUGACAUCACAGCGUUAAAAUGAAGGACAUCGUCUCUUUAAAACAACAAGGGACCACAUAUUGCAGUCUUUAAUAUGAAGGAUUUUUAUCUAUUUAAAAUAAAAACUUUAAAAAGGAAAAAAAAAAUACUUAAAAGAAACCUCAUUUUAAAUAAAUAGAUCAAAUGUAAUAAUGAUGGGGGAAAAAAUGUGUGUUUCCUGGCUAUUCUCUCCUGAAAUAGCGUUGUAUAGAUUGAUGCUCACUGAACCUCUCCCAAUCGCUAUGUAUAACAAUUGCAAUGUUGGCCAUUUCUGUAUUUCUAUUGUGAUGAUGUAUUAUACUGUAACAUUAGGAAGAAUUUUUGAUUGGUGGGGAGGGAGGGAGGGGGCGGGGCAAGGGGCGGGGUUCAGAGGAUUCUCCUGUACCGUUUAUUGUCUUUUCUGACGACAGGGCAGUAUUCAAUAUGAAGCAGUCUGUCUCUUUGGUUUGCUUUGUAUCUCAUGGUAGGGUAGGUCAGAUCUUUGUCUUAGGGACUUAGGUGUCUUGUGUAGGUGAUAAAAGAUGUCCUUUGUAUGUUUCUUUAUAUUGUAAAGUUUCUUUAGACUGAAAGAAAAACAAAAAUGUUGCUUAUUAAGAAAGAUGAAAAAACUGCAUCGAUAAUAAAUGUAAUUUGAUUUUUUUUUUUCUCCGUUGUUUGAGUCACUACUUUUUGCCUGUCAGUUAAAAGUUCAUUCGUUGUAAAUAUAUGUUUAAAGUCAAAUAAAACAGAUGACUCCUUUUA